UCCAACAUUUGCUCCGAAAAGGUGACACAGCGCCACUCGCGGUGCUGCGUCGUGCCUUUUCGAAAACCCUCUCUUCCUCUGUCUCAGCUGCCGCCAUUGAUGCAUCCAAAACCCUACCAAGAGCUUCGAAGUGUCGUACCAGCUCGCUUUUGAGUCUCCUCUCCUUUCCUGCGGGAGUCAAAUGGCCGAUUCAGAUGGGUCGGCAGUUUUCAACACAGUCUUCAUCGACACCAGCCUCGACACCCACCUGGCGACUAUGGUCUCCGAUUCUGAGACUGUUGCCGAUCUCAAAAAGAAGAUAAUGUUUGAACACACUCAGUGCUUUCCGAACAUUGCGGAGAUAAACAUUCAUGCUUUGAAGGUAAAACGCAAAGGAUACUUUUAUCACCUGUCAGAUUCCAUGAUUGUUAAAAGUGCCUUUGUUGGGGUUAAAAAAAACUGGUUUCUUUGUCUUGAUGCUUCUAGUCCAACAAAUCCUAGUGAAUGGCAUUCUGGCAACCCUAACUCUAGAGGUGCAAUACCCAGUUUUGGUGUUGUGAAUUCAGAUGAUAGAAAUAAUCUUCUAUCUGAAGGACCUUCCAGAAGGUUAUCUAUUCUCAAUGAUUCAUCAUUGCUGCAGCUUGAGAGCAGGCGGCAUCUGAGCCAGAAAGUUCCUCAUAACAGCCCGUUUGGUCCAGGAAAUUCUGACUUAGCUUUGAAGGAUUUGGGAAUGAUAGUUGAACAUGAUAAUGAUAAUCACUUGAAGCCUUCAUCAUCUGACACCAAGGGAUGUAAAGCUGAAUUGCAGGAAAAAUGCUACCCAUGCAAUGAAGAUGUAAAUGUCCUACAAAGACUUGCUGAAGGUGAAGAAGCCUACUCUAAAGAUGGGAUUGGUGAUUUGUGCCACAAUAAUUCAUUGGACGAACAGUUGAGAAGUAGGCAUGUUUCAAAGAAAAAGCACAAGGUUAAGAAGAAGAAUGAAGAUGAUGUACAUGACCAUGGUUUGGAAGAGAAUGAUUCUUCAAUUUGUGCCUCCAGUAAAGACACAUCACAACCAGAUAUGAUGCCAGAGAAUUCUUUGGGCAAUGCAGGUAAAGGAAUCUCAAUCAAGAUGGGGAACAAACAUGUUGAUGGUGGACCUGAUGCCAGUAGCAUGUUACAUUCUGAAGUGCAGAAAAAUUGUGUUCUAAGUGAAGAAAAUGUUAGACACAAUGGAAAUUCCAAGAAUGGCAUUGGUGAUGUGCAGUGCAACAAUAUAUUGGGAGUAACCUCAGCAUCUCGCCCUUCUGCAAAGAGAAGGCGUAAAAGUGAAAACGAAAGUGGUGCUGAAUGUCUUUUGGAAGGGAAAAAUGCUUUAAGUAGUAAAACUGGAAUAGAGACUCCCAACCAAGAGAGUGUAAUCCCCACGAGUUCUUUUGAGGACAAGCAGAAAAACAUAAAUAUUGCCACGGAUGGUGUUUCUACUGAAUUUCAGGAGGAUGCCCAUUUGCUGAAUACAAGUGCAGACAAUGAGAAAGGGAAAAGGAGAAAGAAGACAAAAAGGCACCAUGAUCAGGUUGUCAAUGCUGCUCCUUCUCCCAUGAAAGUUAUUGGGGAAGAGAAUUCUGCGAUUGAAAUGCAAAUAAAUCACAAAGAUUCAUGUGCUGAGUUUGGUGCUGCAAUUAUUACUGGGAAAAGUGUCCAGGGUGCGGUGCUUUCUCAACCUUGUGCAAUUACUCCUGAGGAAGAGCUAUGUAAUCUGGUCCAAGAGGUGGGAGACAAAAUGCCCCAUGCAUCACUUGGUGGUGAUUUGAGGGGAGAUGGUGUUGGCAACACGGAAUGCCAAUUUGAUGCUUCAGAAGUGAUGGAUUUAUCUGGAGCAAAAAGAUUGAGUAGCUCAAAGAAGCAUCAUGCUGCUGGUGAAAAAGGCCUUCCUCCACUUGUGGUUAAGGAGCCUGAUAACCUGAAGAAGGAUGUUAUGAUUUCUGGUCAGAAUGAUAAAAAUCCAGAGGAAGGAGAACUGACUAAGAGUCCCAAAGCAAUUUCAUCAGAAAUGUGUGAACCAUUAACUCAGGUUGAGGCAGAAAAGAAUGUCAAGGGAGUGGACUUCUCAUCUAAGUCAUCAGAUGCCAACAAUGUUGUGGAAACUGGGAAUCCUUCUGGAAAAAGACUCAAGUCAAGAGCAAAGAAACAUGUUACUCGAAAGGAGACCAAAUCAGGGAUGGGACAUGCUAAUGGUUUUGUAAGUGGCAUUUCUUCAACCAAGCCCAAUAAAACUUCUGAUGUUGUUAGUGCUGAAUGCUGUCCUCCACCUGUGGUUGAGGAACCUGAGAACCUGAAAAAGGAUGUCAUGUUGUCUGGUCAGACUGAUGAAACUCGUGAGGAAAGAGAACUUCAACAGAUCCCUAAAGUUGUUCUGUCAGAAAGGUGUGAACCAUUCAACCAGGAUGAGACAGAAGAGAAUGUCAAGACAGUGGACAUCUCUAAGUUAGGUGCCAACGGGGUUGUGGAAACUAGGAAUCCUCCUGGUAAAAAAUGUAAGUCGAAAGGGAAUAAAUCUGUUGCAAGAACAGAGACCAAAUUAGGGUUGAAACAAGGUAUUGAGUUUGUGGGUGGUAUUUCUUCUGAUGAGCCCUAUAAAGCUUCCAGUGCUGUUCCUGCAGAAGGCCUUCCUCCACUGGUGUUUGAGAAACCUGAGCACCUGAUAAAGGAUGUUAUAUUUCCUGGAAAGGGUAAUGAAAUUGUUGAGGAAGGAGAACUGCAACGGAGUCCCGAAGUGAUUUCAUCAGAAAGGCCUGAAAUAUUAAGUCAGGAUGAGACAGAAAAGAAUGUCAAAGAAGUGGACAUUUCCUUUAAGUUUUCAGAUGCCAAUGAGGUUGUGGAAACUAAGAAUCCUUCUGGCAAAAAACGCAAGUCAAGAGGAAAGAAAUCAGUUGCUAGAAAGGAGGUCAAAUCCAGGGCGGAGCAUGUUAAUGAUUUUGUCAGUGAGCCCAAUAAAAUUUCUAGUGCUGUUAGUGCAGAAGGCCUUCCCCCACUUGUGGCCAAGGAGCCAGAGAACUUAAAAAAGGAUGUUAUCUUUUCUGGAAAGACAGAUGAAAUCCUCGAGGAAAUAGAACUACAACAGUGUUCCAAAGUAAUCUCAUCAGAAAGGUGUGAACCAUUAGGUCAGGAUGAAGUAGAAAAGAAUGUCAAAGAAGUGGAAAUCUCCAAGUUGUCAGAUGCCAACAGGGUUGUGGAAACUGGGAAUCCUUCUGGCAAAAAAAGUAAGUCAAGAAGAAAGAAAUCUGUUAUUGGAAAAGAGUCAAAAUCAGGGAUCGAACAAGCUAAUAAUUUUAUGAGUGGCAUUUCUUCAACUGAGCCCAAUAAAACUUCAAGUGCUGUUAAAGUAAGAGGCCUUCCUCCAAUUGCAGUCGAGGAUCCUGAUAACCUGAAAAAGGAAAUUUUGCUUUCUGGAAAGACUGAUGAAAUUCUUGAGGAAAGAGAACCGCUACACUGUAUCAAAGCUAUUUUGUCAGAAAGGUGUGAACCAUUAAAUCAGGAUGAAGCAGAAAUAAGUAUCAACAAAGUGGACAUCCCAUCUAAGUUAUCAGGUCCCAGUGGAGUUAUGGAAACUAUUAAUCCUUCUGGGAAAAGACUCAAGUCGAGAGGGAAAAAAUCUGUUGCUAGAAAGCUAGCCAAAUCAGGUAUAGAACAUGCUACUGGUUCUGUAAGUGGCUCUUUUUUGACCGGACCCGAUAAAACUUCUGAUGGUGAUCAUUCCAGUGAUGAAGCCAAGAAAGAGGAAUGCAACUUGUCCCAAAGUGAAAUGACAGAAGUCCCUCAGAUAAGGACAGUAAAUAUUUCUCUUGUGAAUGCUGAUGGGAAAGCUGACGAGGCAAGUGAAAAUGAGGACGAACCGUUGCAAGUGACCCAAAUCAACAAAUCUCAAGAGAGCACUGAAAGAAUGGAUGAGGAUUUAAGAAGAAAAUAUAAAAGGUCUAAAAAUUUUGCUGCAAAAGACCUCCAAGGAUCUCCAAUAAAAGAGCAUGAUGUUCGAACUGGGAAAAAAACGAGGACCCUGGAUUCUCCUUCUAAAACAGUGAGAAAAAAUAGGCAAGGGGAAAUAAGCUCUCUAACUGGAUCGAAGUUGGAAUCUGAGAGAAUUACCAGGGAUGAAUUUGAUUCUUCCCAUUAUCAAGAUAAUAACUGCAGGAUGCCUGUUGAAGCUAAUAUUGCUGGUCAUCCCAUUACAAACAGCCAAAUAGAUGACAGAAAUAAUAUGGAUACUUCUACAUGUAAAAAUGAUGGGGUUAACUUCAGUGACUACUUCUUGCCUAGACAGCACAGGCACGAAGAUGCUUCUAGUAUUGUGGUUGUUGAUCAGUUGAAUAAUGCAAAAAAAUCAGAUAUGGACCUGAAAACUAAAAAAAACACAAAGCAUGACGUAUUUUCUGUUGCUGCCCCGUCUGAUUUACAAAGUUCACUCAAGUCAAAUAAGGAUCCAGGAAAUCGUAAAAAGCCUCAGGAAUUGACUGGCAGCAGUCCACUUAAAAGAUUACUCUCAAAGGGUGAACAUAGCGAACUUCUACCUUCCUCCAACAAAAAGUCUUCAAAUGUUUCUGCAAAGGCAGUGAAAGCCUCACAUUCUCAUUAUGUUAAAGUCAACUCCACUGCUGAAAAAUCCAGAAAGCCCAAUGUUGUUGGUUCUUCUGGCAUCAGUAGAUCUGCCAGUGCUUAUUCAAAGGAAAAACCAAAGGAAGGGACUGAAGCUUCUGCUACCUCAAGCUCUUACUCAGAAAGUUCUGGGGACUUAAUUCCCCCCAAAAAAAAGGGUAAAGGGAAUCGCUCACAUUUGGAUCGCUAUAGGGUGAUUGCUAGAAAAGCUUCCAAUAAGAAUCCUGGGGAAGUUAUGAACAAUUCAGAACAGGACAAGAGCUUGUUAGCUAUGUCAAGUGCGAUUUUCAAGGAUAGUGGUGAGAGUUCUGAGGAUGAAGAUGAGGUUGAGAAUUCUGACACCAGCACCAGAACUCCUUCAGAUUAUUCAUCUUCAUCUGGCUAUUCAAUGGGGGCAAGCAAGGUCAAUUUGGACUUUUCUCAGAAUGGAUCUGAUGGUAGGAAAAGAAAGGACGAAGGUGAAAAACCCAUGAUGAAGUCAAUCCCUUCUGGUUCAAAAGACAUAACUAUGAAUAUGAUCCUGAGGAGUUCUAGCAGGUACAAGAAAGCCAAGCUCACUGCUUCCCAAUCACAACUCGAGGACACCGAAAGCCAGCCUGUUGAUUUUGUUCCAGAUAGUCAAACAAACCUAGUGUACAGUUCAGUAUCAGAAAAGCAAGGAAGACGAAUUCUUCUUUCUCAUCUUCAUCUCUCUGUGUUCUGUGCUCAGAGCUGUCCAUUUCAAUAUGUUUCAUGAUGAUGAUGCCAAUCAAUGGCAACUACCACAUCCAUCCUAGGCGUGGGUAGCUGAUAAGGCUCAUUCCGCAAGGAGAAUAGAAAUGCUGAAUGUUGGGGCGUGACAUCAUGGAUUUAUGUGUGUGCUGAUGAGUGAAGCACUGUAGCCCUCACUUGCCACAGUUUGUGAUCAUCAUGAACCGGCGCAUGCCAUUAUUUUUAUUACAAGUUUGGUAUAUAAAAAAUGGAAUGAGUGAAUAUAUCACUGGAUUUUAUAUGCAUUCCUUUUAAAUUUUCAUCUCAAUCUUUUUCUACUCA